AUGGCUAACCAAAGCAAAGACGAAACGCAGAGCCCGAAGAAGGAUACCCGCAAUGCUGAACCACCACCACCGCACUCCUUCCUUCGCCUGACCCCCGAAGAUCAAGCAGCAGCAGCAGCAGCUCCCAUCUCAGCCCCAGCGACUCCUCCCAUUCCCACCAUACCGUACCCUCAGAACAACACACCCCUCUCACCUCCACACUCACAAUCCUACAUCCUCCACCUCACACCCAUAACCACGCUCAGCGCCCCCGGAACCGGAACAACAUCCCAAUCAGCCCACCCACACAACCCACCACCACCAUCAACAACAAACAACCCCCAACAAGACACCCAUCUCACCUUCCCAAACCAAUCCGCCAAUUCUCCCCCUUCUUCUCCAUCCGAGCAUGCCACCAGCCCAUCUCGCUGGCGCUGCGUCAUGUGCCCCUGCCCGGAUUUCCAGAGCGUGAAAGUUGGGCAUGGGCAGGCGUUUGAGAGGGGCAAGGAGACGUGGCGGUGUGAGAGGGAUGGGUGUGGGCAUGUUGCUGGUGUGCAUGUUGAGGUGGGGUUGUAG